AUGGUAACUAGAAAUUCUAAAAGCCAUCGCAGGCGCACAACAAGAGCUCCAAAUCAGACACCUCAAGGCAGGUCAAAAGAUGGUAGAAGGGACAGGUCCAGCAGAGCCAGAGACAGGCGAAGUAGAACAACUGGGCAGUCGACCAGAUCCAGAAGGCGAGAUAGUAAUAGUUCUAGUCAACUGAAGGAUAAUCGGAGAAGGAAAUUGCCUCGUAACACAAGAAAUAAGGUUCAUGUUGCUGAUUAUAGCGAUAUAUCAGACAAUAGUGAUGAUGACUUACAGAUAAGUGGUAUGACUACUCUUGCAGAAUCGAAUAACCCUUCAAUUGCAAAGUAUAAUGAAUUCUACAGCUACUCUACAGUAAUAGAGCUAGAACAAGCCGUGACAGAGAUGGUUAACGCAUAUGAGAAGAUAAUAAAAAUGGCUCCAGACAUCGAAACAUAUUGGAAAGUACUGGAAAAUAAAAGCGAUUUGCCUAUAGGCAUUAUGCCGGCCUUUUCUCGAUAUCAGUUGAAACUUGCAUCCGAAGUUAAGACUCUACAAGAAAGUAAAGCGUACCCAUUUUUGAGUACUAUACUGCAGUACAAACAAUUGUAUAAGCCUGACUCAAUAGAACCAAUUUUUGAAGAGCUAAUUAUGGAAGAAGACGAGGAAGUUGAGGACUCUUUCUCAGAUAACGAGGGAAAUGAAGAAAAUACAAAUAUAGAAAUUACAGAAAGUAAGUCUAAUCAGGAAUGUACUAGCCCUAUAUUGAACAAGAACAAAACAGUGAAUAGAAUUGAUCAGAAGGAUAAAAAUUAUUCUAACAAUAUUCACGGGGAUGAUUUACCUGGUUAUGAAUCCAAUGACUCAACAUCUUCUAAUACAGAUUCAGAUUCCAACGAAUAUAGUGUCAUCGACAUUUCAAGUGAAGAAGAAGAUGACCACAUACAAGCAUCGAGCUCUAAAGAACAUUUACCUACUACCACGGACUACCAGUCAAGAUUAGACACAAACGACAAUCACAAAUCACCUCAACAAAGCUCAAAUGAAGUGGAGGAAAAGGAAGGAGACGAUGAUAUUAUUGUACUAGCUGAGAACGGAAAUCCUAUUUCUGGACUAAGAAUCAAUAAUCCGGCGGCUAUCCAAAGUAAUAGUACUGAAAUGUCACUUAUUGCUCACCCGGAAAAUGAACAAAAUACCAAACCUCAAGUCACGAAUGGUAUUAUCUCUUCACAAGAUAUAAUAUUUUCAUCCAUUAUUGAUAAAUGGCCUCCACCAAUUCCGGAAAUAAAAAACGAAGCCAUCAAGGCCCGUGUGUUCAUUCACCAAUCGGCUUUAUCAGGCCAAAGUUAUUUAACAGAAGAAGAAAAAAUUAAGAAUAGUUACGAGAGACUGGAAUUCCUUGGAGAUUCUGUAAUUAACUCAAUCAUGACUACUAUUAUCUACAAAUCCUUUCCAAAUUAUGAUGCAGGCCAAAUGACGCGAUUAAGGGUAUUGCUAGUCUCUAAUAGAAGACUUGAAAAGUGGGCAUACCUAUAUGGUCUACAAAAACAUCUUUUAAUUCGAAAAAGUAUUCUUAACGAGAUGUUAAAUUCUGGUAGCAAAGUUUAUAAGAUAUACGCCGAUUUGUUUGAAGCCUACGUUGGCGGUCUGGUUGAAGAUGAUCCUACAGGAAAUAUGCCAAAAAUUAGAGACUGGCUAUCUACAUUGGCGGAAGAAGCCAUCAAAACAAUCUCUGACAAAAAUGCUUUACCAGGCACCGAUAAUAACAUCAAUAUGAAUGCUAAAACUCAAUUAGAAAAGUUAUUGGCACCUGUUGGACUUGAAGCACAAUAUGUAAUUACAAAUCGUAGGAGUAGUAAAAAGUCCCCAUUCACCGUCAUAGAAUGUAGAGUAGCUAACGGACAAGUGACUGGAAUAGGUAAAGGCAGAAAUUAUAAAAUAGCUGAGCAAAUAGCUGCUGGAAAUAUAUUAGAAAAGAAGUGGUUACUUGAUAAGCUACUUGAGCGGUUUGGGAGUGGACAGUCAAAUGGAUCUCAAAGCGAAACGACAGAGAGAAAACAAAAUGAAAUUAAAGAUGAAGCUAUAGGCAAAUUUAGACCGGAUAUAAUUAGAGAAAGUUCAAAUUUGUCCAACGAUAGGAAUCCAGAUGGGUUUGCUCACCAGUAUUUCAGUUCUAGGAAAACGAGCGAUGAUAAAAAGGAAAAGUCCUAUUAUAUAUAA